CAAUAGGUGUUUGCCUGGAAGGAAAUUCCAGCAAUUAGUUCGAGCAGUUUCUAGCUGCAUAUUUUCUUGCAAAUCAUGGUGGUCAAUCGUGGCCUCACAAUGUUUUGGUUUUUGAUAUUCUUCUGGAUUGUCCGCGUGGGUAGUGUUCCCAUCAAGAAUUUCAAAAAUACUAUCGCUAUCGACAAGGAUUCUUCUACCUCGAUGGGGAUACAGCACAGAAAAGGUCAUUGGGUUGAACCGCCUGAAACUGUGCAAGAGAUCUCAGGCAUUGAGCAAGCAGUUGUGGAGGGAGACCUGCUGCUUUCCGAUGAAAGAUUAGCUGUGGACUCCCUCUGGCCACCAAUAGAUGGCAUCACCUCUAUCCCCUACAAGCUCAGUGACAGUUUGACAGAAAGAAAGCAAACUAUCCUUGCAGGGUUCAAGAUGAUCUCUGACCCGACGUGUAUACACUUCCAUGAGUACACCAAUGAGCAGAACUACCUAAAUAUCAUCCCUGGGAAAGGCUGUGCUUCGUAUGUUGGAUUUCAAGGAGGAGCCCAGAAUGUGUUCUUUGAUAGCUCCUGUUCUUCUGGGAACCUGUGCCAUGAAAUAAUGCAUGCUCUGGGCCUUCACCACGAGCACACACGUCCGGAUCGGGACAGCUUUAUCACCAUUCAGUGGGAGGCGGUGGUCCCAGAGAAAAAGAGUAACUUCAUGAUCAAGCAAGGAAACACUCAGGGCCUGGCUUAUGAUACAGAGUCAAUCAUGCACUAUGGAAACUCAUACUUCUCAGCGAAUGGAAACCCCACUAUUAUCCCCAAGGACAAAGGGGUCGACAUGGGACAGAGAACUCACCUAAGCCCCCUGGACAUAAUACGCCUAAACAAACUCUAUCAUUGUGGUGAAUCAGAGUGACUGCCGCUAACUUAUCUUUGCAGCGCAUUGGACAGGUGACUCCCGAAUGUUCCUUCAGAUAUUUUAUUCUGUCUGGUUUCAAGCAAUGUCUGUUUCAUUUGUACAAUGGAAUGUUGCUGCCUUUUAUUGGGCCUAUGCCAUUGCCCUGGAAGUAAAAUUACCUGUGCUGAAAAA